UGAUUGAAAAUAGCUAUCCGCUCUCACUUUCCGGGAAAUUUCCAGUUCGACUCAGUCUAAACUCUCUUUAUUUAACUCUCCUUUCUUCACCCACUCUCUCUCUCAUUUCACAACUACUUCAACUUUCUUUUCCUCUGUUAUUUCUUCUUCCCCUAUUUGAAGUUGGGAAUUAUUUCUACAUCUAACGCGUAAAUAAGCAAUACCCAUUUCGUUUUUGCUUGUGUUGGAAGUGGGUUUUUUUCGGUGUUUCAGAUGGAGAACAAUCAGCAAUCGUUUUGGCAGUUCAGUGACCAGCUCAGGGUUCAAACGUCAAACUUGGCUAAUCUGUCGCUGAAUGAUUCGAUUUGGAGCAAUAAUUAUGUGUCGAAGAGGCCUGAUGAGAGGAGGAAUUUCGAUAUAAGAGUCGGCGGUGAAGUGAAUUCGCACAAGCCGAUGAAAGGAUCCGAUUUUAACGGGUUCAAUGAUGGGUUCAACGAUGGAUACAAGAUGGGCAUCAGCGAGGGGUACAAGAUGGGCAUCAACAACAAUAACAACAUUAAUGUCAAAGAUUUUGGCUUGGGUCCGAUCGGGCCGCUUGUUGGCGGCGCCGGCGCCUCUCACAAGAACGUAGGGAUCAAUGGAGGAUUCAACAAGGGGAUAUAUUCAAAGCUUGGAAAUUUUGGUAUUACUAACAACAAUUAUAUGAAUGUUAAUUUGAAGGGGAAACAAAAUAAGGAAGAGCAUGAAUCCGGAGGCAAAAGCGGCAAGAAGAACAGCUACAGGAAGAAUCAGAACAAAGAUGGCGACAAUAAUAACGAAACCAAGGAGAAAAGUGCAGCUGAUAAGAGGUUUAAGACACUGCCACCAUCGGAAGCUUUGCCCAGAAAUGAAACCAUUGGUGGGUAUAUCUUCGUCUGCAACAACGAUACUAUGGCUGAGAAUCUCAAAAGAGAGCUCUUUGGCUUGCCACCACGUUACCGCGAUUCAGUGCGGGCUAUAACCCCAGGCUUGCCCCUUUUCCUCUAUAACUACUCCACCCACCAACUCCAUGGAAUUUUUGAGGCCGCUAGUUUUGGAGGAACAAACAUUGAUCCUACAGCCUGGGAGGACAAGAAAUGCGCUGGCGAAUCACGCUUCCCGGCUCAGGUCCGAGUUUUGAAGAGAAAAAAUUGUGCCCCACUGGAAGAGGACUCAUUCAGGCCAAUUCUUCACCACUAUGACGGCCCCAAGUUUCGCCUUGAACUGAACGUGCCAGAGGCACUUUCACUCUUGGACAUUUUCGAAGAAGAAGACCCUGAAGCAAGUGACCAAAACCAAGCAAUCCUCUACUAAUACAAAAUACACCAGUUAGCGAAGAAGUAGAGUCUGUUGAAACAACGCAGAGAAAGGAGAAAUUGAGUAUGGAUUCAAUAUAGUGGGAGGUAGAGUCCAGAGGGAAUAUGAAGGAAUCAAAGGAGUUGUAUGCACGGCCUUCUGAUGUAUAACUUUCUCCUGAGGCUGCCGUUAUGUUUGGCCUUUACGUUCUUCUGUUUGGCUUAUACAUAAAUAAGUUGAAAUUAUAGAAAUAUACCUUUUUAAUGUUAUGUAAUAUUUUGAUACUAUAAAGUUUCAUCUGCCUAUGAACUAUGGAAGCAAAAUAAUAAGUUUAGUUUUGUUGAUCACA